AUGCCAGAAUCCCCCCAGGAAAAAGGCAUCCCCCUAACAUCUGCACAGAGCAGAGGCCCAGUGAAAAGCACAGCUGCCUUUACUGGGGCAGCACAUGUCGUGUCAGACAUCAGGAAGUCCUCAAGAGAGAAACUGGGGCAUCAGCAGGCAGGAGCUACCAACUGCCCUCAAGAGUCCCUUCCCUCGGCAGCGCAGCCUGGGAAGCCUGUGCAGAAGGAAGCAGUGCAGGCCCAGGCAGAGCCAGGCCAGGGGCAUCCUUCCCACCGCAGAACUCCCGCAAUUAAAAAUGCCAUGUCCAGCCGCCACGCAGCUAUCUUGGCUGACAAGGGCUCUAGACAUACCAUAAACAAGGACAAACACCCCCAAAACGUGGCAUUAAAGCCACAUCAGAAGGACCCCCAAUCUGUGCCCCUCAAGGAGACUGUGCCUCCUCCAAGCCCCACCUGCAGGCUUCAAGUGGCCAAGGGGCCUCUGGCUGUUCCCACCACUGCUGGAGGCAUUGCGUGCAGACAUCAGUCUCCUCGAUUUAGACACACAAUGCUUCUCCAACAUUUCCAGCGGGAACCAUUUCCUGACCCCAUAUAA